AUGACGACAGCUACACACAUUAUCCGUUUUAUUGCAGUCGAGGACGGCCGUGUUCAUCUUGGACAACUGGUGGAUACCAGCCGUGAUGUCGGUCUCGACAGCUUCGAAGGCCGCAAGAUACAAUCUUACCUAAUCAAUGGGACCAUCUUCGACGGUAUUGUGACAGAACGCGUUCUCACGGUCAAGCAAUUACUGUCCCCUGUCUCGAUGGAGGAUUGCAAUUACAUUCGGUGCCUGGGUUUGAACUACAGUGAUCAUGCGAAGGAAGCAAACUUACCGCUACCACCAGUGCCAAUCCUAUUCAGCAAGCCACGAACUGCUCUUGCCGAUCCAUAUCCUUCAGCAAUACCGAUACCUAAAUGUGCCCAGGACGGUACGAGCGACUAUGAAGCUGAGCUCUGUGUAGUUAUCGGCAAAAGUGGCCGAGAUAUCCCAGAGGACAAAGCACUAGACUAUGUGUUAGGCUACACAUGCGGCAACGACGUUUCAGCCCGUACUAUGCAGCUUCUCACAGCACAGUGGUCCUUUUCAAAAGGACUAGAUGGCAGUUGUCCUCUCGGACCGGUCCUGGUAACAAAAGCUGCCAUCCCGAACCCUCAGAGAUUGGCGAUUAAAGCCAUUUACAACGGGCAAACAGUUCAGGAUGGAAACACGAGCAAUAUGAUAUUUGACAUCAAAAAGCAAAUAUCCUACCUAUCGCAAGGCACAACAUUGGAAGCUGGCACGAUAUUCUUGACAGGUACACCUGCAGGUAUUGGCUUCUUCCGGCAGCCGCGAGUUGUAUUGGAAGAUGGAAGCGAUAUACGAGUUUACGUGGAGAAUAUAGGCACCCUGAUCAACAAAGUCCACUACGAAAGCCGGUAG